UUAAGAACUUUCAUUAAAUAUAUAUUUAAAUGUCGGGUGUUUGGUUAUUCAAAAACGGUGUGGUUCGUUUGGUGGAGAAUGAAUCGAACCAGGGGUAUAUGCAAAAGAGGAAAGUGUUGGUUCACGUUUCGACGGAUGAAGUAAUCACUUCAUACUCCGUUCUUGCGAAGAAGUUGGCAUCCCUCGGGUGGGAACGCUACUACGAUGAUCCAGACCUCCUUCAGUUUCACAAGAGCUCCACCAUUCACCUCAUCUCCCUUCCCACGGACUUUUGCCGAUUCAAGUCUAUGCACAUGUUCGAUAUUGUUGUUAAGAACAAGAAUGUCUUUGAAGUAAGAGAUAUAAUCAUGAUGUAA